AUGUCGAAUAUUCAACGAGCACGUCGUAUUCCAAAUUCUAAUGGUCAAAUCUUAAUUGAAAAUUGGGUUGAAGAACGUGCAACUGAACAUCUUGAUCAUCGAAUUGAACAACAAAAUAUAAAUCAACCAUCUUCACCACCAACAACAAAAAAAACUUCUCACACUGCUAUAUUAACACAACAUUUUGACUGUCCUCUUGAUAAUGUAACAACAUAUCGUCAAAAUUAUAAUAAAUUUGGACCAUUUGAACAAAAAGAACAAGGUGCACGACGAAAACGUCUUGAGUAUGAAUUAACACGUCAAGUUACAUCGGAAUUAAAUGCACAAAAACGUGAAUAUGAUGAAAGUCUACGUCAAGAACGUAUUGAUGAAUCAAACAGUGAAUAUCGUACACAAUAUAAUAAAGAAUUUGAAUCCAAACCACCACCAGCUACACAAGUAAAUAUUCUCAAAUAA